AUCAAAACUUUUGGGAUUACUCAUACUGGAUUUGAUCACAUUCUUUAGUAAAUUGCCACAGCUAAGUAAUUAAGUUCGUUCUAGUGGUGAUGUACACACGAAGAACAUCUUCAUCUUCUCCAUCUACAACACCUCAAUGGAAAUAUGAUGUCUUUCUCAGUUUUAGAGGUGAUGACACUCGAAAGGGCUUUACAGACCACUUAUAUGAAACAUUGAGAGCUCAAGGAAUCAUAACUUUCAGGGAUGACCGUACAAUUUCGAAGGGAAAAGCUAUUUCUGGAGAACUGAUUGCUGCGAUUGAAGAAUCAAGGUUUGCACUUAUUGUCCUCUCACAAAAUUAUGCAUCCUCAACAUGGUGCUUGGAUGAACUUGUACACAUUCUUAAAUUUAUGGAAGCAAGAGAAACAGUGCUACCAAUUUUCUAUUAUGUUGAUCCAUCUCAUGUGCGAAAACAAACGGGGUGUUUUGAGAAAGCCUUUACACAACUAGAAGAAAGAUUUAGUUUGGAUGACAAAACGAGGGUGCAAGAGUGGAGAGAUGCGUUGGCAAAAGUGGCAGAUUUAUCUGGGUGGAAGGCUAAGGACUGGUACGAAACCUUGCUCAUCAAAGAUAUAAUCGAUGUGAUAUGGAAAAGAUUACGUCCUACAUCGUUUACUUCUGUGGAGAACUCAGUUGGAUUAGACUCAAGUAUGAACUCAAUUGAUUUUUUGUUAGGUGCAGGGGUCGAUGAUGUUCGCUUUAUAGGGAUAUGGGGUAUGGGUGGGAUUGGUAAAACAACUAUUGCCAGAGUUGUUCGUGAGAGAAUCUCGCCUGAAUUUGAAUUCAGCAUAUUUCUUGAGAAUGUCAGUGAUAAUGUUCAAAAAGGUGGUCUAAUAUCCCAACAAAGAGAAAUUCUUUCAAGGAUAUUGAUGAAAACGAUCGACAUAUUUGAUGUUCACGAAGGAUCCACAAUGAUUAGAAGAUUACUUCGUCACAAAAAGGUUCUUCUCAUUCUCGAUGAUGUGACCGACUCAGACCAUUUAGAUUAUUUGGCUGGAAAGCAAGAGUGGUUUGGUUCUGGGAGUAGAGUUCUUAUUACAACUAGAAAUGAGCAUUUGUUAAUUGAACAUGAAGUGGAGAGAAGAUUUCAGGUCAAACGUCUAAAUCAUGAUGACGCUCUUAAGCUUUUUAGUUGGAAAGCCUUUGGAAAAGACCACCCUGAAAAAAACUAUAUUGAUUUGUCUAGCUGUGUUGUGAGUUAUGCCGACGGUCUUCCACUAGCUCUUAAAGUUCUGGGUAGUUUUUUGCGCGGAAGACAUGCAAGUGCUUGGAACAGUGCAUUGGGUAAACUAAGAGAUCUUUGUAACACAGUUUUGGGGACACUUCAAAUAAGUUACGAUGAUCUAGAUGACAGGGAGAAGAAAAUAUUCCUAGACAUUGCAUGUUUCUUUAACGGGGAGAAAGAAGAUCGAGUUAUAGAAAUCCUAGACAGUUGUGGCUUUUGUGCAGGUAUUGGAAUAGAUGUCCUCAUUGAGAAAUCUCUGUUAACUAAUUCAUAUGGCACUCUAUGGAUGCAUCAGUUGCUCCAAGAGAUGGGUCGUGAAAUAGUCAAUCGAGAGUGUCUUGAUGAGCCAGGAAAUCGCAGCAGGUUGUGGCGCCAUGAAGAGGGCAAGCAUGUCUUGAGCAAAACUACAGGAACAGACGCCGUAGAAAGUAUAACCAUGGACAAAACUGGGCCAGUGGUGCAUGCGGAUGCUAAAUGCUUUUCAAGGAUGAAGAAACUGAGACUUCUCAAUCUUGCUAAUGUGAACCUCUCUAAUGAUCUUGAAUAUCUCUCCGAUAAUUUACGAAGUCUUGAAUGGGAUGGGUAUCCUUCAAAAUAUUUCCCGUUACAUUUCAACCCAGAGAACCUAGUAGAACUUAACAUGUGCCAUAGUCACAUUGAAUCUUUUUGGACGGGUGUUAAGGUUUUAUAUAAUUUGAAAAUCAUUAAGCUCAGCCACUCUUUGAAUCUUGUCAACACCCCAGACUUUAGAGGCCUUCCAAAUCUUGAGUAUCUGAUUCUGGAAGGUUGUAUACGGUUGUAUAAGGUUGACCCAUCCCUUGGAAUGCUUGAAAGAAUUACUCAGAUAAACCUGAAGGAUUGCAAAAGUCUUGUGCAUCUUCCAAGAAGUGUGUAUGGCUUAAAAUCUGUCAAAGUUCUUAAUCUUUCUGGCUGCUCAAAGCUCGACAAGUUGCCCAAUGAGUUGGGCAAUGCAGAGUGUUUGGAGGAGAUUGAUGUGAGUGGAACUGCCGUAAGAGAACUGCCUUCCUCCAUUGUUCAGUUGAAAAGCCUCACGGUAUUAAACUUUCGUGGAUGUAAAGGAUCAUCACCUAAAUUUUGGAAUUUGCUUUCCCUUUUUCAGCUAUUUCUCUCCCUUUUUCAGCGAUUUCUAAUAAGAAGUCGCGUUCCCACGCCUUUGUUGCUGCCUUCUCUAUCCGGUUUGGUUUCCUUAAAAAAACUUACUCUAAGUGAUUGCAAUCUCUUGGAAGUCCCUAAUGACCUUAGCUGCUUGUCCUCAUUAACGUACCUAGAUCUUAGUAGAAACCAGUUUGUUAGCCUACCCAACUGCAUCUCUCUACUUUCUAGACUUCAAUUUCUUAACUUGGAGUAUUGUGAGAGGCUUCAAGAAUUGCCAGAGGUUCCACAAAGAGUAAUAGCAGUUGUUAAUAACUGUAUUUCAUUAGAAAGAAUUGCCAGAGGUUCCACAGAAAAGUUCCAGUGGCUACGGUCGACACAAUGUAUCAACUGCUUCAAAUUUGCGGAGACGCACGAUUUCAGGAGUUUGGUAUUUACAUUACUGGAACAAUAUGAUGUGGAAGUCCCUAUUACUGAAUUUGUUGUUCCUGGAAAUGAAAUUCCCAAGUGGUUCAGUCAUAAAUCUGCUGAAUAUAUAUACCAGAAAGAGUGGUUCAAUCCUCAAAGUGUGGAGUAUCCAUUAAGUGUAGAGCUACGUCCAGGUUGGUUUACUGAAAAAUGGAUGGGAUUCGCGGUGUGCCUUGCUUUUGCAAUCCAGGAGCGAUCACCUAAUUGCGACCCUCCUCUUGAGUAUCGUAGUUUUGAUUACAAUUAUACACAUAUUAUUACUUGCAAAGUGGACAUCAAUGGAAAGGAGAUGACGGCACGUAGGUGUCCAUUUGUGGUUCUUAAUGCAGAGUCGGGGCAACCUGUGUCUGAUCACCUUUGGGUAGUCUUUUUUCCUCGUCACUUUCCUCAGUUGUGGAAGGGUAUCAGCGAUCAGAUUGAAUUGCCUUCUGGCACAGAGUGGUGGCAAGGUAUAUUUGGUCAGAUUACAUUUUCAAUUACGGCCAGAGUUGGCCAUGGAGUAAUAGUGAAGCAGUCUGCGGCUCGUCUGGUGUAUGAUGGAGAUUUGGAAGAGCUUGACCCAAGAUUUAGGCGCGGGACUCGCAGCAAUGUCAGCAUUUCUGAGGUGGAUUCAGAAUUCCCCUCUUACACAAACAAGUAGGAACUAGUGGAUGGAAGUGGUACUAUUAAUAACCCUUUUCAUAUAAGGGAUAAAAUUGUUGAUUUUCAACAGAUGAAUGGAAUGGAACCACAACAGCAAUGAGAGCCACCACAACUGGGACAACAAGAGUAAUGAUCCUUCCUCCCAAUGCAAGUGGCCUUACUAUGUACUUUCUUAAUACGUUGUUUAGAAGCACCGAGUAUUAUGGAAAUGAAAAAUUACAAUAAAAGAAUUUAUACAUUAUGUGACUAUGAUGCACCUCAUG